AUGGAAGAAGCCCCGGGGGCGGAGGAAGCGCCGGAGGCGGCGCCGGCCUCCCGCGCCGCGACGAAGAAGCGCUCGCGCGAAGACCGCGACGCCGCCGGCGCAUCGAACCCCCCGUCGGGCCUGGACGCGUGGGCGGAGGAGGCGACGGCGAACAGGGGAGGGGCCGGGGCGGCAUCGUCGGCGGGGGGCGACGGUCGCGGCGGGGGCGACGCCGCGCCCGCCUCCCACGUCAAGUUCGGCGGCGCGAACGGCGGCGGCCGGGACGCGAACGGUCGACAGCGUCAGUGCUUCAGGUACGGCAACUACCACCGCUACUACGGCUACCGCGUGGGGGAGUCGCUCGAGGACCAUCGCAUCGCGCACUUGAAGCGCGAGUGGUUCCAUCGCAAGAGGUGCGUCGACGUCGGGUGCAACGAGGGGCUGGUGUCGCUGUCCAUCGCGGUCUCGUUCGGAUCCACCACCAUGUUGGGCAUCGACAUCGACGAGUGGCUCGUGAAGAAGGCGCGGGAGAAGCUGCGGCGGAUGCGACGCGCGGCCGCGAAGGCGGCGACGAAAGCGGAGCGAGAAUCGGAGGAGGCGGCGAGGAUGGCGGCUGAAGCGUCGGCAAGAGAGGCGGACGCGGCGGCGGGCGGGACCCUCAGGUCGCACCCGGCGACGCGCGUGGCGGCGGCGACGGAGACGACGGACGGAACGGGCGAGGUUGGAUCUCAAUUGGGGGCUAAAUUGGCGGACUCCGGUCCGUCGCUCGGCGGCGUCACCUUUCGCGCGAGUAACAUCCUCGACGAGACGUUCGAGCCGGGUUCGGUGGACGCCUUCCUGUGCCUGUCCGUGACGAAGUGGAUCCAGCUGAACUGGGGCGACGCGGGCCUGAAGAAGAUGUUCAAACAGAUCUACGACGCGCUGUCUCCCGGGGGGGUGUUCAUCGUGGAGCCGCAGCCGUGGAAGAGUUACAAGCAGGCGUUUAGGAAGCAGAAGAUGCCGGAGGAGACCCGCGAGCACUUCCGGGGCAUUGAGCUGCGCCCGGCGUUCUUCGCGGAGCACCUGAGGCAGGUCGUCGGCUUCUCGUCGGUGCAGGCGAUACGGUCGGCGGACCUGCACGUCGCGGACGAGUUCGACAGAAACUUGCUCCUGUGCGUCAAGUGA